CCCGCCCCCUCCGUGACUGCGCCGCAGCGUGGCGGCCAUUUUGUGUCGCUGCGCGGUCGGUGGCGCUGGGCUCGGCGCGGAGCGGGGCCCGGGGCGCGUCGGCUCCGUUCUAACCCUUUUUCCCGUACAGAUCCCUCGGUUUAAUUUGGCUUCUUGUGCUUCCUGUAGGAAAAUACUUUUUUCAGGUAGACAUCUUCUCAGAGUCGGAAGCCAGAAGUCCGGUUACUGCUGCAGCAUUUCCUUGGAAAAUAUGAAGAACUCAUUCUGAUCAUCUCUGCUGGAUCUUGAGCCUGUCAUUUCACCUAGAAUCUCGCAUUCUCAGUGUCCAAGUUGUACAACAGUGUUUGGAAUGUUUGCAGCCAUAUAAGCAAAGAGUUUCUUCUUGGUGUGUGCUUUCAGCACAGCAUGGCUGUGGUCAUCCACUUGCGAGGUCUUCCAGGUGUGGUGGGGACCAUGGACUUCUCGGGAUUGACCAUCCCCGCUGGGGGCGUGCAUGUUGUAGGGGGUGAGCUGGGGGAAUAAAAUCAGCAGUGUUGAUAUUACAAAAUGACAAAACAUCCUCCGAAUAGAAGAGGGAUCAACUUUGAGGUGGGAGCCCAGUUGGAAGCCCGUGACAGAUUAAAAAACUGGUAUCCAGCUCACAUUGAAGAAAUCGAUUAUGAAGAAGGAAAAGUGCUUAUCCAUUUCAAACGCUGGAACCACAGAUACGAUGAAUGGUUUUGUUGGGACAGUCCUUAUUUGCGUCCCUUAGAGAAAAUACAGUUAAGAAAAGAAGGAUUACACGAGGAAGAAGAUUGUGCAGGAUUCCAUAUAAAUGAUCAGGUUCUGGCUUGCUGGUCCGACUGUCGCUUCUAUCCAGCCAAAGUUACUUCUGUUAACAAAGAUGGUACAUACACUGUGAAGUUUUAUGAUGGUGUAGUUCAGACUGUCAAAAACAUUCAUGUCAAAGCCUUUUCCAAAGAUCAGAGUAUUGAGGGUAAUGCUAAGCCUAAGGAAAGAGGUAAUGAAAUUCCGUCAUCUCCUGAAAAGCAGGAGAAAUUUAAAGAACAGAGGAAAGCAACAGGUAAUGCAAAGAAAGACAAGGAUGAAAAGACAUUGAAGACUGAGAAAAGAGUUAAGCAACCUGAUAAAGAAGGAAAAUUGAUAGUUAUCUCCGAAAAAGGCAAGGUCUCGGAAAAGAAUAUAUCUAAGAAUGGAAAAGAAGAUAAAGAGAAUAUAUCAGAGAAUGAUAUGGAAUAUUCAGUAGAUACACAAAUUGAAAAGAAGCCUGAGAAUGACAGUGUAAAGAGUCCGCAGGAAAACGCAAAAGAAACGAAACGAAAACGUGGCAGACCGCCGAUAACACCUCCAACGGAGCCAAGUUCUCAGACGCUGCAGCCCAUAACUUUGGAGUUAAGACGUCGGAAAAUACCUAAAGGAGGUGAAGUUCCAUCAAAGCGUCCCAGGAUUGAAAAAAACUUCUCUCCGGAAAAGCUGAAGAACUCUUCAGAUCACCCUGAAAGAGACCAGAUCAGGCGACGAUCUUCAAGGCUCUCAUCUAGCAUUGGCCAUGAGAUUUUAAAUACAGAUUGUGUCACAACUUCAACAGCAAUUCAGCCUUUGAAAGAUGCGGUCUCUAACCAAAAGGAAUCUGAGCAGGUCCAGUUAGAAAUCCCCGUUCAAUCUGACCAAAGUUUCAGUGAACAAGCGGCCCCUGCACACCCAUCGCACAGCACAGCGCUCAGUGCGGGUGACGGUUUACAGGAAGGAGAAGUUGAAGACACCGAGUCCUCCUCUGUUACCGUCAGAACUCAAGAGCCUCCUGCUGCUACAGUAACAAAACCUUGUAGGAGAACAGAUUUUCUUGCAUCAAAAAAAGCUGCAACUGCUGAUCAAGAUCACAAGUUUAGAUGCAAGUUCUUGGACUGUUUAAAAUCCUUCCGCAAAGCCAAGUUAUUGCAUUAUCACAUGAAAUACUUUCAUGGAGUGGAGAACGCUGCAGCAUCACAGCAGAACCCUGUCAAAAGAAAUAUUCAAACCAGAGCUUCUUUGGCUUCUGAGAAAGGUAAUCAAGAAAGGUCAAAAAGAGGACGGACCGCAGCUGGGUCACUGUAUGCUCCUCUACACAUAGCCCUCAGGAGUACCCCAUCUAGAGACGAAAAACUAGAAAAGAGAAGAACUUCAACUCCUGUAAGUGCAUUAAAUAGUCACCGACAUUCUGUUAGAGACCAGACCAAGAACCACAUAGCGAGAUCACUGCGGAAGCCUCAAGAAAACGUUGAAAAUGCUGUCAAAGAACAUGAGAAGAACAAAGAAAGAAAAUCCAAAGACUGCGGAAGGUCCAAGUCCAAGAAGAAGAAAAAAAAGAAAAAGAGAACUAAGCCUGACUACUCGGGCAGUGAAGAAAACACAGAUGUUUCACAGGAGCUCUCUCCUGAAAAAUCGAUCGUCACAAAAUGUGUUUCUUCAAAUAAAUCAUCUGCCCACCCAGGCGCGCUGCUGCACUGCUCUGACUCUGCACAGCACAGGGGAAAAUCAAAACCAAACGGAUUUUGUCUGCCUGCUCUUUGUGCAGAGGACGACACCCUGAGUGAGUCAUCUCUGGACAGCUUGCUCUGGAGUGACGACGACGCCAGUCAGGACGUUGAUGUCACCACCAACCCCGACGAAGAAGCUGAAGAAAGUGAUUUUGAGAUUGUCCGGUGUAUUUGUGAAGUAAAAGAAGAGAAUGACUUCAUGAUUCAGUGUGAAGAGUGUCUGUGCUGGCAGCAUGGAGUCUGUAUGGGUUUACUGGAAGAUAAUGUACCUGAGAAAUAUACCUGCUAUAUUUGCCAAGAUCCUCCAGGUCAGAGGUCCAGCUUAAAGUACUGGUAUGAGAAGGAGUGGUUAAGCAACGGUCACAUGCAUGGCUUAGCGUUCGUGGAAGACAACUAUUCCCACCAGAACGCCAAGAAGAUUGUGGCCACUCACCAGCUUCUGGGCGAUGUGCAGAGGGUGAUCGAGGUUCUGCACGGGCUGCAGCUGAAGAUGAGCAUAUUGCAAAAUCGAGACCAUCCUGACCUGAAGCUCUGGUGCCACCCGUGGAAGCACAUUGCGGUGGAUGAGAACGUGCACACCAAACACAUCAUUCACAUCGAGGAAAACUGUUGCAAAGAGGAGACGGCGAGUUAUAGAACUUGGAAUGGGACAGUUGAGAAACCCUCGGCCGUUCCUUCUGUGGAGGAAUCGUACAUUACGAGCGAGCACUGUUACCAGAAGCCUCGCGCCUAUUACCCCGCCAUCGAGCAGAGGCUGGUUGUGGAAACAAGAGGUUCAGCCAUGGACGAUGGAGUGAACAGAAUAAGGGAGAACAGGGACGAUGCCCUGUCAGAGAGAUUCGGCUGGAAUCUGGACCGAGAAAUCUGCAAGAUGGAAAACGAAUCCAAACACAGUUACUCAAAGGUGAAAGAGCCUGUCUCUAAGAAAGUCUCUCCAGAGGAAGCUAUUGAAAUGAAAUUGCUGGAAAAAGACAAAGAGGGAGUUGUGAACUCGCAGCUGCAGUGGCAGCUUAAUCUUUUAGCUCACGUGGAAUCUCUGCAGGAUGAAGUCAUACACAGGAUGGAUUUCAUUGAGAAGGAGCUAGAUGUUUUGGAGAGUUGGCUGGAUUAUACGGGAGAGCUGGAGCCACCAGAACCGCUGGCUCGACUCCCACAACUCAAACAUUGUAUAAAGCAGCUCAUAACGGACCUGGGCAAAGUGCAACAGAUUGCGCUUUGCUGCUCAACGUGAGACUAGAGCUUGUUGGAGACUGUCGGAGUGCGGAGUCGGAGCGUCGGAUGUGAACAGCUCUGCCGGUGCCAAUGACAUUAGCGUGCUGGCUGCGUGUGGCGCAGAGUGACUUCAGGGAUUCGGGAAGAAGCGCUGUUCAGAGCGAGCAGCAAACAGGUUAUUUUAUCUCAUCAUUUCGGGUUUAUUAGGCAAUUUAAACAACAUGGAAGAGCUCAUACUGUUGUCUUCAGAGGUUGUGUGUCGGCUGAUAAAUUGUUUGUAAAUUUUCACUCCUUCCGAGUUACUCAUUGAAACGGUAGACUUUUCCUAAUUAAAUUGACUAAAAAUUGUGCCACCGAAGAACCGAGUUCUAAGAGCCAAAAAUGUUUAGUUGACAGAGGUUGUAAAUAACUUUGCAUAGUUUAAGUGACUUGUGUCAUGUUUUAUUCCUUCUGGUUUAUGCAUAAUAGCACACAGUAUUUAAUCAUUAGGAAACGUUAUAACAGUUUUCAGACUUAGUAAGUAUGAAUGUCCAGCUCUUAUCUAUAAACUGUUACGUGGAGGUUGGCAAGUGACAGUGGCCUAAACCCCACUCGUAUGGCGUUAAAUGAAGUAGCAGGAGGUCACAGGUGGGUUGCACUUCUGUUGGGAGCACACGACAGUUUCCGUGUUCCCGCUGUCGGUACUGGGGGCGGUGACGGUUCUGCGCGGGGGCUGCCUCGUGUUCUACCCUUUUGUUAAUAAUUGCCAUUCCGGUUCUCAUUUGAAACGUAGACCUUUUUCGACACUUGGAACGUCUUCAUUGUAAAGACUUAUCGCUAUGAAUGUGUGGUUUUGGGAAUCAGUUUAUUUUCUAUUUGUGUAAAUAAAGCCUCGAGAUCUAUGCAUGAGGUACUGUCCUUGCAGACAGUGAGUGGGUUAUUGUAUUAAACGAUGUACGUUCACAAAGUCCCUUUUUAUACCUUAAGUUUUACUUUUCUGGUUUGUAUUACUUUGUGAAAAUGCUGCUUCUGUUCACCUCCCGUUACACAGCUCCCUUUGAAAGGGCGGUGUGGUGUAAGUUAUUUGAGAGGGUGAAAGUCUUUCAGCUGCAGGUCACAGCUCUGUAAAUAAGGGCUGUGGCUUCGCUUUUCCUUCCCAGACGUUGACUUGAGUUCCUGUGGCAGCCGCUGAGCUGAUGGGCAGUGAGCGGGUGUCCUUAGCUGCAUCUGUUACCGUGAUGUUAUUGCCUGUGAUGGUACCACCAAAGGGUCAAAUUUAAGCACAGUUGUAAUUGAAAGGCCUGUACAAGUUUUUAAUUUUGGAUGUGAAUCUGUAAUGCUUUGUACUGCAAAGAAUAAUCCACAUUUGAAACACCAAAUGCUGUUGUAGAAGUUAACGGUGUCUACACGGUCAACAUUUUCUUUCCUUCAGAAAACAAAAUGAUUUGGCUGCUCUAGGUAGUAACUAAGGCUUUUCUGCCAACACUCAUUUCAGGGAUGAUUUGCCUCCCAGUUCUAUAGUACUAGUUGGCAUGUAGUGACUACAACAUACGUACAGCAGGAGAAUACACAGAUUUUUCUGUAACACAAUUGGAAUAAAGCUGCUGUGAAGUGUAAGGAUCACUUUGCUUUCUGAAGGUGGGAGAUUGUGCCGCGUCUCAUCCCUGCGGACAACCCCAACUCCCCUUACCAUUUGGAAUAAAAGGUGGUUCUGAUUCCAAUGGCAAAUCCGGGACACUUGUUUUCCUCUAACAGAGCUCGAGGAGCCCCUGCAGAUGAAGACUGAAACUAUUUAUUUAAAAUAGACUAGCAGUUCUCAUGGUCAGCAAAGUUUGGUUGUUGUGCUCUACCUGGCUUCAUUUUUGUCCCUGUUUUUGCAAGUUAUGGUUAUUUCGUAGUCUGGACCAGCUGUUGGGUCUGGCAGGUCACUUUUAAUUUCUUUGAGUCACUGGUAAGUGAAUGCGACGUGGAGCCUUGAUGAGAUGAGCAAACAUUGCACUGUGGGUACAUAAGUAUAUUUGUCGUUGUUUAUGCACUAUUAGACCUGAGGGUGCUGUAUAUAGAAUUUUGCUUUGGAGCAAUAUUUGCAAAACUUGAAAACUUCUGUAUCUUGGUGUUUGGAAUAAAUAAAUAGGUUUUUGUUGGUUAA